AAGAAAUGUGAACAUUGAAUAUCCGACUUGAUCUGUCUUGGAGGCUUUCGAAAGAGCAAUUCGCCAUCAAAAUGUCGACACGAGCAUUACGACGGGCGCUUUCAGCCCCGGUAUUGGAUAACGUCUUCUCCAAUGUGCUAUCAGGUCCGUCAACAACCAAUAUCGCACUUCGAAAAUGCAAUCCUGUAGCAUUAUCUGUACCCAAAGCCGUCACACGAUCAGCAUCAACCACAACAGCAAGAUCCACGCUCGGAUCAUCAUCACUAGAAACGAUUCAACAUAAUCAGCGAAUCGCACCGGCAUCAAGUCCACUGUCCUCCACUGUUCGCGAGCUUCUGCCGUUACUACAAGCUCAAGGACCUCACUACAUCACAGUGCACAUUCACGGAUUUCCUUACCUGAUCACGCAAGGAGAUACCGUACGACUUCCUUUCGUGAUGCACGGCGUGCAGCCUGGAGAUGUUAUUCGAUUGAACAGUGCCAUCGUUCUUGGAAGCAGGGAUUACACCUUGAAAGCCGCAGCUCCUGCGCCCAAGUCAAAGAGCAGUUUCAUUAGCACACCUGUCGCACAGGGUCUCAACGGUCCUCUCGAGGCUCAGGUGGAGUCACAGUCAGAAGAAAUAUCACCGAAUUCGGCCGUGGGCGCCGUCGCGCCGCACUUCAUCCCACAUAUUGCAAAAGGAAAGCACGGGUACUUGGACGACAGGCUAUUUGUGUGCAGAGCUGUAGUGAUGGGGGUUGAGAACGAGCCAAUGCGCGAGAAAGAGAAGACCAAGCGUCGACAGCGACAUGUUCAGACCAUCCGGAGCAAACACCGAUAUACCAUUCUGAAGAUCAAGGAGCUGACGGUGAGGGGACUAGAAGAAAUCGAAGGCCCAUCUUCAUGAACAGUGCAGAAAAACAAUUUUCUCAGCUCGCUCGACCAACAGAGGUUUGAAUGUUCGACCUGCCGAAACUUCAUGAGACAGGCGUCUGUCAUGAUCUACGCUCUGUUCGAAAUGUGUUCAAGGCGUGGGGACAUUCUUAGCAUGCUUUGCGGACGGGCAGCAGCAGCUUGACAGAACAAGAUUGCAGACUGUGAAAGGAGACAGAAAGUCCAGAUGAUGGCGUGCUGGGCGCGUCUUCUGCAAAUCUGGCAGCUCAGCUCUGGCGCGCCCCUAACGGAGUGUGGAUCCUCCGUGGGUACCUUGCUGUUGACCAGCGGUGAAAGUUGGUCAUGGAGGAAAACGUCGAGCCGGCUGGAAUCAAAUUGGUGUCACCUAGGAGGAUACGGCGCCUGCGGGCAGAUGAAGAUGUACAAACAGUGUAGAACAACCUAUUCACAUGUAUAAAAUAGCUUCUCCUCAAAUUUUCGCUGCAUAUGUCGGCUUC